AUGGCUGCUUCAGCUUCUUUCUCUGUAUCAUCCCCACCUCUCAUAAGCAAGUGGCAGUGGAAGUUCAAGGGAAACUCGAUCGGUCCCAGUGGUCCUCAGGCUCGUCAGGAGGAGGAUUUGAAGAGUUUCAGACAAUGGGGAAGCAAGACACCAGGACAUCCCGAGAAUUUCGAGACUCCUGGGAUUGAAGUCACUACUGGUCCUCUUGGACAAGGAAUAGCCAAUGCUGUUGGUUUAGCUCUUGCUGAGAAGCACUUAGCUGCUCGGUUCAACAAACCUGGCGCUAAAGUUGACCACUACACGUAUGUGAUCCUUGGAGAUGGUUGUCAGAUGGAGGUAUUUCAAAAAAAAGCAGCCUUUCUAGCUGGUCACUGGGGACUUGGAAAGCUCAUUGCUUUCUAUGAUGACAAUCACAUCUCCAUUGAUGGAGACACUGCGAUUGCCUUUACUGAGAACGUUGACCAGCGUUUCGAAGCUCUUGGAUGGCAUGUUAUCUGGGUGAAGAAUGGUAACACUGGGUAUGAUGAGAUCCGUGCUGCUAUUAAGGAAGCUAAAGCUGUUACAGACAAGCCCACAUUGAUUAAGGUCACUACUACAAUUGGUUAUGGAUCUCCCAACAAGGCGAACUCAUACAGUGUCCAUGGAGCUUGUGUCUAUAUAACAAACACUCUCGACUUGUAACAAACACUCUUGCUUUCUCUCUUAAAUCAACAUUCACUUUUUAUAUUCACAACAAAAAAUUUUAUUCA